UCAACCUUCGCUGUUGUUCAUGCCUUCGUGGCGGGAUAUCCCGCUGCGCUCUUUGCGUCGUGUAACCACAGUAACACCCGCUAAAAAUUGGAAGAAAAUCGCUCCAGCUCCCAUAACAACUGGUGAAUUUUACGAGCAUCUCCAAAAAUGUAUGCCACCGACGGGCUGGAGUGACCGGAUAGUUGUCGCAAACUCCGGAGGUCCCGACUCCGUCUGUUUGCUGCACCUGCUUUCUGCUGUUGUGAAGCAGCGCGGCGGGGGAUCGCUCGCACCCGAGCAAUCAGCGUUUCCCUCCGAUGUUUAUUCAGUGCAUGUUAACCAUAACCUGCAAGCUGCCAAUGCUGCAAUGCAAGACGUCGCUCAGCGCACCGCCCAGAGGCUGGGCGUAGAUCACCGCACAGAGACGAUCCCUUGGGGAACCAGGCCUUUUCCACCCAGGCCUAAGGCAGGCCAACCCUUGGAGGAACUUGCCCGUGAUGCUCGUGGCGCAUAUCUUUUUGCAACCAUGGAAGUGUUGAAUGCGAGAUGCAUAGCUUACGCUCACCAUGCCGACGACCAGGUUGAGACAGCCAUUAUGCGUCUUUCCAAGCAGAGCCAGAUCUGGGGGGCCGCUGGCAUGCAGCGCGUCCGCAGGUGGGGGAUGGGCUCUCUAAGGGAUAUUUCGCCUGCCGGUCCAGCGGGCAUGCUGCACUGGAUCGUUCGCCCAUUGCUUGACGUUUCCAAGGAUAGGAUUCUGGCAACAUGUGAAGCGAACGACUUGGAAUACGUGGUCGAUCCCACCAACUUCCAGCCGGAUAUUACUCUCAGGAAUUCUAUUCGAGCAUAUCUCCAGGAAAAAGAGAGACACCAUGCUUUGGGAAUAGACGCUGCAUUUGAGCCACAUUGGUUAAAGACAAGCGAAAUAGAGUCGUACGAGCAAGCCAUUCAGCGACUUGCUCCAGGUGCAUUGCGCCUGUCAGAUUUGCGAGAGGCAACAAGACAACUCGGCCAGAACGUGGAACGGCUGGAACUGCAGGUCGUCCUGUCGCAUGACCAGCUCCUCCGUGUCGUCGAUCCCGACGUCCGACGCGCGAUGAUACGUCGUAUCCUACGAUACGUGUCUCCGAAACCAUGGGGCACACUGGCUGCCAUAGGGCACGCGGAUCGUGCCAAGCUGGAGAGGAUUAAUGAGAAGCUGUGGGAAGACCCUGAUCCUAUCAAGAGCCAGUUUAGUCUCGGCAGCGAAGUGCUCUGGACACCUGCCGUCCUCAAUCGAUGUCGUAAGCUCAAGCUGCGCGCUCCAAAGAACAGCGAAGAACCUGUCUUCUGGCUGAUACAACGUGCUCCUCCGACGCCGGCGGAUGAAGCCAAGUUGACGGUCGACCUCACCGCCGUGUUGCGGGACUCCAUGGAUCAGCGCAUACCGUAUCUGUACGACAACCGCUUCCUAUUAACAUUCGACAUGGAGUGGACAGGAAAAAGUCUUUUGAUGUCGAAAGUGCUGAAGCGUGGCCGCGUGGAGAUCAGGCCAGUGCCUCAGCAGUUCUACUUACCACAGGUCGUCUGGGUCCGAAAGGGCGAGGAGGAUAGGAUUCUAGGGAGGUACAAUCGGGAUUGGGGCGGCGUGCCUUGGAUCCGAGCCCGCUGCGUACGUGUGCUGACAUUUUUGUAAUCUGGACCGCUGCUAUACCCACCACCUACACAUCUUCAAUACGCGUUAUCACACAAAUCGAAGUGUUGGGCCCGCUAUGCAUAGAGGUUAUGCCCAUUACAAGUAAUGCUCUAAGUGAGUCUCAUAGCUUGAUAAGGUACUGUAACGUAUCAAUCUGUGAACUUGAUACUAUGACUUUGCAUCUGC